AUGGCUCUGGGGAACCACAGCGCCGUCACAGAGUUCAUCCUCCUGGGGCUGUCUGCAGACCCCCGUGUCCAGCCCUUGCUCUUUGCGCUGUUCCUAAUGAUUUACCUCCAGACCCUGCUGGGGAACCUGACGCUGCUGCUGGUGAUCAGGGCUGAUUCCCACCUCCACACCCCCAUGUACUUCUUCCUGAGUCACCUCUCUUCCUUGGACCUUUGUUUCUCUUCGGCUACAGUGCCCAAGCUGCUGGAGAACCUCCUGUCUCAGAGGAAAACCAUCUCUGUCCAGGGUUGCCUGGCUCAAGUCUUUUUUGUGUUUGAUUCGGGGGGCACUGAAGCCUGCCUGCUCUCAGUGAUGGCCUAUGACCGCUACGUUGCCAUCUGCCACCCUCUGCUCUAUGGCCAGAAGAUAACCAACAAGCUCUGUAAUGGGCUAGUGUGGGGCUCCUGGGGCCUGGGAUUUCUGGACGCACUCAUCAACAUCCUUCCAGCUAUGAGCUUGGACUUCUGUAAGGAUCAGUCCAUCCCCCACUACAGCUGUGAGCUGCCCUCUCUCUUCCCUCUGUCCUGCUCUGAUGUCUCCACCAACUUUACUAUUCUGCUCUGCUCCAGCCUCCUGCAUGGGCUUGUAACCUGUGUCCUUAUUGUCUUUUCCUAUACUCCAAUUGUCUCCACCAUCCUGAGCAUCAGCUCCUCCUCAGGUAGAAGCAAGGCCUUCUCCACCUGCUCCUCCCACCUCACUGCUGUCCUCCUGCUUUAUGGCUCAGCUUUCCUUCGCUAUCUCACGCCAACCUCAGGUUCACCCCUGGAGUUAGUGUUCUCUGUCCUGUAUGGUGUGGUCACUCCCUUAGUGAAUCCCCUCAUCUACAGCUUGAAGAACAAGGAGGUGAAAACAGCUGUGAGAAGGACCUUUGGAAAAUAUCUCCAAUAUUCCAGUAGCUGGCCAUAG